AUGCAUCUGCCACGGGAGUACAAGGCGUCCUACUACGAAUACAGCCCUUCUUUAGGUGCUGCCAUUGUGUUUGCAGUCUUGUACUCGGUCACCUUUGUCCUGGCUGUUUUUCAAUGGAUCCGAUACAGAGCUUGGGUGUGGAUCAUCAUGGUUAUUGCAGUGGCUAUGGAAGCAAUAGGCUUCAUUUCCCGCUCUAUAUCGGCCCAGCACGUCUCUGAACGCUCCCCUUACGUACUUCAAUUCUCUCUUAUCAUCCUCGCGCCCGUCCUGAUGGCCGCUUGCUGUUAUAUCCUCUUCGGUCGUAUCCUCUUCCUCAUCGUCCCAGCUGAAGCACGAACUUUUCAACUCUGCUGGGUUCCUCCUCGCUUUAUCACCCCGAUCUUCGUGGGCUUUGAUAUUGUGGCCCUGCUGCUUCAGCUAGGCGGUGCAGUCUUGAUCACAUCUGCCGACGGUACCAGCAGUAGUGCAAAGGAUAAGUUCAACCAUGGUCGCACCAUUGCACUGAUUGGUGUCAUAGUCCAGUUGAUCGCGUUUGGGCUCUUCUCCAUUGCUGCGUUUCGCUUCAACUUCACGUCGAAAUAG